UACGUAAGUUUAGGUGCGAAACAGGCCUUUCGCACUAAUCUUACACUAUUCGGAGAAUCAUCUAGUAUGCUACGAAGGAAUGGGAAGCCCAGGUCGUGCGAACCAUGUCGUAUAUCGAAAAUCAAGUGCGACCAUGCCACGCCCACAUGCUCAAAGUGCCAGGCUCGUGGGAUGACAGAGCAGUGCUUCUACCAUCCUAACCCAAUGACGAAGCCUGCUGGCACCCCUCGCAAGAAGCCAGAGCCGCGUCGUCGCCGGUUGGAUGCGCAGGCUACAAACCCAUCAUCCAGUCAGGGGAGGUUGACGCCGUUGACUCUGAGUCCACCAACUUUGAGGAACGAUGCGGGAAUCGGCCCAUGGCCUACUCCUCCAGAGUCUGCUACUAGAACAACACAAAGCGGACCCGACCCAUCUAGGAACUUCUUCUUGGGUUCUACUAGUUAUGCCGCUGUCUUCACAGAAGAGCAGCCUUUACCAGACACAUUACAUGAACAGCCGUCCGAAAGCCCGAGCACAGCCCCAUUCGUGUCAAAUAGAGGCAUGGCACACCGCCACUGCCAGUUCUCGCUCGGAGAUACGAUAGUCUCUACGCUUCAGCCAUUUUCCUUCUAUGAACGGUCUCUUAAUAUGUAUUUCGAAUCGCACAAGGAUCCAGCCCUCGCUGGUCCCCUAAUUCUUUCCGCGUUGCCACAACUGCGCAAAGACGUAGAACAACUUCAAGCUGCUGGUAAUCACGCACACCUGCUCUACGCCGAGAUGACAAGGAAUUCCGCUCGCCCAAUGAAAAUACCUUCAGAUAUGCGUCCGUCAGAAUUCCACACUCUCUUCACAGGGAAGAAUUUGAGAUGGGAGAUUUUGGGCUUGAUCUUAGCGAUUGCCGGCUCUAGUGCCCAGUUCACAUCACCUAACGACCCCCUCUUCACACUAGAAGAUGGCAAGCAGAUGAAUAGAGAGGAGUUCAUCGAGGAUAUAAUGUACGCAACCAAUACGUGUAUCAACAUUUGCCAAACACAUGGCGCUGUCAAUGAGCUCAUGGUAUGUCUCGUUUACAUCAACCUGAUGGUAGUCAGUAGCUUCUACGGGGAUAACCAUCAUGCUACGUGGAGGCGCAUGGGCGACAGUGUAUCCGCUCUCUACGCUGCAGGAAUCCACUGCGAGGCUUGCAACGUAGAUGGUAGCAACGCAGAACCAUUCUUCAUGCGCGAAUUCAGGAGACGACUCUACGCGGCGAUAUAUUACGGCGAUAAGACACUAGCGGUGUUCUACGGAAGACCUCCGAUGAUGGGCUGGAGAUACAGUGACCGCAAGAUGUUGUUGGACAUUAGCGAUCGCGCUAUGGCCUCGGACGAUACUGAAGUACUCAAUGCUGAGCUCUCGAAGCUUGACAGCGAGGGUUGGAACACCGAAGGUCAUCUCCACCCUACUACUUUCGGUAGGAUGCGAUGCCAACUUGCUGUGUUCAAAGAGAGAUUGCUAGAGCAAAGUCUUGCUGGCGAAAAAGAUAGCGAAGUGGUGCGGAAUGUCGAAGCAAUAUCAGCCGAAUGUGCAGAAUGGUGGAACUCGUUACCGACUCACCUUCGCUAUGAUACAUAUACCGAAGAAGCCGCUUGGGUAGACCGCGGUCCUAGUCUGGCUAUGCGACUUGUCGCCUACUACCUGGAUUACCUUCACGUACAUUUCCAAACACAACGCCUCCUUCAUCGGAUAACGCAACAGGCUCUGCCAGCAUUGUUGGAAGUGUCUCUGAAGCUACUGGUGUCCUCACUCGUGGCUUCCAAGCCGCAAAACCGCAUUUACGAAACUCGUCGCCAUUUCCCCACUGUUAUCUUAUUUUACUGUUCCCCAGCUGCUGGUGUAUUGGCACUAGAGCUCCGGAGAUGUACGAUUGAGGGCGUACCACUACCUAGCACAGUUUCCAGGGCGGACAUAAUCCGUAACCUCUCCGUACUGACUUCAUGUUUGGAAUGGAGCGUUCUCCCCGGCGACGGCAAUCUCAAGCUUUGCAACGAGCUCAACAAAAUGCUCGCGCUGGUACUAGAUGAGGUCCUCAACUACGAACCUCCAAUUAAAGGCACAAUAGAUACCGGUGAUGAUACAGCAGCUAAUCUGACCGGGACGGGGCAGGGAUUCUUCGAUAUGCCCAUGACCGAGGGGCUGGAACCUAUACCAACGGAGUCCUCCGACUUUCUGAACUGGCUAGACAAUGCAACGUGGAAUAAUGCGGACUUGUUCUGAGCGUAAUCAAUCGUAUUGAUAAGACUGCAAAGCCUCGGCCAAGUAAAACAAACCAUCCAACGACCCAUACCCGGAGCGCGACAUUAUGAAAAUCCGACCCGAUGUAGGCCUCAAACCGCUCUUCCAGCAACAUUAUUCCCACAUUGUAAACAUGUGGAGUAUUCUACG